AUGGCAGGCUCGGGCAAAGGAGGCAGCAGCAAAGCAGCGAGAGUCUGGGCCCGGCGGGACAUGGGAGACGAGGCUGAGAUGCUGCAGGGGGAGGUUCAGAGAGUGGAGAAUCUGAAUUCAGCCCUGACAGAGUUUGCCGUUGGCAAGAGGGUUUGGGUGACCUGUCGCCCGGAGCAGUACGAGGGGAGCCCGGCUUGGGUGCAGUGUACGGAGACGGCUGGGCGCGUGGAGUGGGACAUGAGCCGUGUGAGCUGUGUGGAGAAAUGCCCCAGGCCACAGUGGGACCCCAGACUACGGUUUGCGCCAGAUCGGCCGUUUUAUGGCCAGAAUGAAGAGACGACGCUGAGCUGCCCUGGGGGGUCCCAGCCUUCGUCCUCUGUGAUCAGAUGUGUGAGAUCGGGUCAGACCCGGAGUUACUGGGUUGUAUGGAACCGGGACGCGUGGGGCCGGGGCGCCUGGCGCCCUAUCACAGAGAACGUUACCUGUACAGAGACCCCCCGGAUCAUCCCAGGGGCCCUGGAGGUUUCACCCACCACCAUCAAACUGCGCUGGACUUGUGAGCCCCCCGAAUCCUGCCAGGGCAGCUGGAAGAUACGGGCCCAAUGCCGGCUGGUUGGACCCUGGUCGGGCUCCUGCCGGAGACAAGGGCUCACCAGAGAGCAGCCGUUACAGGGACGGGACGGAACAGUAACGUGCAGCUCCCUGCACCCCUUCACCUCCUACAGUGUCACCAUCUCUGGGGGCUACCCAGCGACCAGCCCACCCAGCACUGUCCUUUAUACCCGGCGGGUCACCACGAGUGAAGCAGCCCCAGACCAACCCAAGAUCGAGCCGCUGGAUCCCAGCACCAAAACCCUCAGGUGGAAGCCGCUGCCGCCCUGCAAAGGGGCGAUCGUCGGGUACCAGCUGAACAUCACGGCCAGGAGAGAGUACGACAGCGAUUUCCUCGAGGUCGAGGAGCCGCGGGUGAAUCAGUUGGUCACCAAGUACCUGCUGCAGCCCUGGAGAAACGGGACUAACUACUCGGUGACAAUCCAGGGCCUCACGGCUGCCGGCCUUGGGCAGGUGUCGCGCUGGGACUUUGAAACCAACAUCUCUGAGCCGGACAUCCCCGCCAACGUCACCGCUUUGAGCGUCUACAGCAUCUCCCCGUCGAGCGGGACGGCUCUGCUCCCCCUGCAGCCCUUCCCUGAGCUCCAUGGACCCAUCAGGGAGUAUCAGAUCAUUGUAUCUGCGCUGCAGAAUGGCAGCGAAGCAGACGCCUGCCGCUCACCAGGUCUGCAGCCGUUCAACUCCAGCCUGGAGCACGACGUGUACCUGGCUGCCGUGCUCCCCGCGCACAGCCUCACAGGCCCGACUGACUUUGUGCUGGGUGACGGGACCCGUCACUACGGGUACUACAAUGCUCCCCUCCGCCCCCACAGGAACUACACGGCCUUCGUCCGCGUCGUCAGCCGCUGGAACCAGAUGGAGAAAUCCAGCUGUGUGCGCUAUGACUUCUCCGUUGGUAAGCAGCCCGUUGUGGCCUGGCUUUGA